AUGGGUCAGAAGUCCGAGGAACUACACGCUGCUUCAUUGCUCCGCAUGCGGCGCGUGAUGAAGUGCACGGGAAUGCUUCCGAUUGGUCAGAAUCUGUUCGCGAAAGUGUUUUGCAACGUUUUCCUCCUAGUAACAGUGGGAUUCUCGAGUUACGGGCGCUUCAGAUUUGACUAUGAUUUGGACUAUGAUUUCCUAAACGACCAUUUCUCCAGCACCAUUGAUCUAACCAACUUUUGUGCCCUAGUGGCGAGUCAUUUGGUCGUUGUAAUGGAACUUCUGUGGGGGAACUGUAGCCAGGAUGUGGACAGACAAUUGCAGGAGAUACAUUUUCAGAUAAAAGCACACCUGGGCACACCUGUUAGUACUCUUCGAGCUCGUGCCUACUGCAAUGCCGUCUAUUGGUCGUCGUUCAUCCGAUUGCUGAUUUUCUGCCUACUUACUGUGUACAACAAUCGCGCUCUAACCUACUACGCACUCUAUUCGGAAAUAGUUCUUAUGUUUCGCUUCUCCGAGUUCACCUUGUACUGUGCCGUGAUUUGGUUCCUUUACCAGGAACUCGUUCUUGGAGCUACGAAUGUUGUAAAGGAAUUGGAUAAAACUCGAUUCGAACUGUGGUCCAUUGGCCGCAUGUCGCUGGAGAAGUUGCCCAAGUUGCAGAGAAUCCAUGGUUCACUGUGGCAAUCCAUUAGAUGCCUAGAGCGAUACUUUCAGAUUAGUCUAAUCACUCUUCUCAUGAAGUUCUUUAUAGACACUUCGGCCUUGCCAUACUGGCUCUACCUUAGCAAGAUUCAGCACCCAGAAAUGUCCAUAAAACUGUAUGUCGCCUUCGACGAGUGUAUAAAAAUCCUAGAAAUCGUAGUGCCCUGCUAUAUCUGCUCACAAUGUGAGGCAAUGCAGCGAAAGUUACGAUCGAUGUUUUACACAAUCACCACAGAUCGUCGUAAUGGUCAGCUGAAUGCCGCUCUUAGGCGUCUUAAUCUGCAAUUGAGUCAGGAGAAAUACCAGUUUAGUGCAGGGGGAUUGGUGGAAAUCACCACGGAAAUGCUGGGAAAGUUUCUUUUUGGAGUUAUCAGCUAUAUAGUGAUUUGCAUCCAAUUUAGCAUCAACCUCAGGGCCAGCAACUCCCACAAACUCGCACUGAGUACGACACCCAGUGCCAUCACUUAAAAUGCCCCUUGGAAUCGAUUAUUGUUGGGCAGUCUAGUCGCGUGCUUAUUAAAUUAGAGUCAAUUAACCUAAUUAGCAAAUUUGAUGUCUGCCCGUGCAUAAUCAAAAAAGGACAACGGGCAAUCAAAGCAGCAGCAAGCGACAGCAGCUGGCCCAAAGUCUUCUUCACAUAAUUAUUCAUGCUUAAAAAUUCUAUUAUAAACUUUUGCCUUCGGCCACUGGCCGUACAUGUACGACUAAGGACUCGGGGAGGUCCUGGGGAGAC